GUAAAGUAAGAUCAUAACUUAAAAAGAUUUCUUCCAAAUAAGAAGUAAAUUAUUUUCAGACUAAAUUCCAUUAAAAUAUAUUGAAGAAUAUCAAGCCAUAAGCGAUGAAUCCACAGGAAAAUCCAUUUGCCUUAACAGAUGUCCAGAUGAAUGGAGAAGUCGGAAAUCAAUCUGCUGACACUGAGUUGCUCUUUCCCUUGUUUAGAGGCCUUAAUUUGGGCACUGCUGUUAUCCCACGUCCAGUAGGUGAAUCUUCGGUGGCCACCACAGCUCGGGAUCGUAAGGGCAAAUUGCGCCGCAAGAGAAACCGUGAUAAACAUAUGAUGAUCCCAAUUGGGGAAAAGAAGAUGCAUGGCCUAAAUUGUGACAAAUGCCGUUUGUUGCACAGGUCAUGCAAACGUCUAAAGGUGUCGGUUAAACGUCUUAGGCAGCAAAAGGCAAAACUUUUGAAGAAAAAGAUGGAAUUAACCCAGUUUUUGAAUGCUCAUCCGCCACCCCAAUAGAUAAUCGCGGUCAGUUGGGUUUUUUUUGUUCUUUUUCCUUCAAAACUAUCUACCACAAAACGAAAUUUCAAAAUUUAAAGUGAUUUUCAAACGUUUCAAAGUACGUUCCAAAUUGUUAAAUGGGACACUAAAUUUAAAGUACUUGUACUUUGUCUAAAUUUUUAUGUUAUAUUUCUAUUUGGGUACAAAACAAAAGAUAUUUACUAUUUUGUUAAGCAGGCGUUGAUAUAUGAUUUAUAGAUAUUUUGAAUAUAUAUCUAUAUCAGACCAAAACGCUUUGCAAUAUGAUGACUUCUAAAGAAAAUCAACAAAUUCCAGAUGUAGAAACCUGGCAAGAAUGGUUCAAUACUUUGGCAUCCCGACCGAAACACCAUUCGUCCAUGCUUAAUGUUAACAUGUGGUCAGACCAUUCGGAUUUGGAUGACAUGCCGUCACGACGACUGUUUUGUAGUACACAACGAUAUCGGGGAGGAGGGAACUUUCAACGCUUACGCACCUUUUGUAAGCGGAUAAGGAACUUGUUUGGGGGCCCAAGUUACCAGAAGAAGCCUGCUCCAGAGUUGUGCCAGCUACUAAGCGUACAUAAAAUCGAAGAUCCAUUCGUUUGAGAGCAUGAAAAACUAGUUGAAAUUUUAUUGUUUUUGAAAGUGUUUGAAGUAUAUUCAAGUUGCAACAAUGUUUUCUUCAAUAUGCGAUGGGUACUUGGGAUCAUACGAUUCAUUUGUCGGCGUGGUUUGCCCGACAGAUGAAUCCCUUGUGGCCCACACCACUGCACCGAAUCAAAAUGUAUUGGCAAAGACCGAAAAUAAAAUGCACAUGGCUCUGCCACUGCUGCUUGGCUAUUGAUAAAAGAUAAAAAUAAAGAGAGAAGAACCCACCACAAGAAUUUGUUCUUUCAAUUGCGUUUCGCAUUCGCUUGUAAAUUCUCGAGAAGAGCGCGUGGUGCUGCGAAUUGGAACGUUUCAAGGUGAUUACAUAAAAUCGCCGCCCAGAAAAUACAUCUACAUAUACAUAAAAGCAUAUAGAAAUGCAAAAGGCCAUUAAAAAGGAGCUUAGCUUCUCGCUGGACACGCUAGAGCGUUAUCGUGCCAAAUAUGGACGUAGUGCAUCAUUGGAUGCAAAUGGAAAUUACACAGAAUGUGUAAUAACAGAGGACACUAGCACCACUAACCACCCGGUUCCGUCAAUUUUCACAAAAACCUCAUCGCCCCCGAAGUUGACCAAGCUGCAGGAGUUGCAACAGAAAAAGGAAGCAUAUCUAAGGGCUAAAGAGCAUGAGCGCGAAAUGGAACAAUUGCAGCGUGCUGAAAGAACCAAGGCACUCAACGGCCGUACCAGUAGUCCCCCAUCCGCCGUAGAAACAAGCAAGACACCAAGUGUCGUCACUUCCAACACUACCACCACAACCACUUCCACUGCAUCAACAACCAAGACAAAUCCCACUACAUCCAGUGCUCAGAGCUCGACAUCGACCUCGACCUCGACUACUAAGACGCCAGCCUCUCCAGCUGGCUAUAGCAAUUGGUCGCACAAUCAUUCAACUCUUGCUACCCAGCCAUGGUGUGCCAUCAGUGAUCUCAUGUACUUCUGUGACAAAUACGAGUUCAAAACACUGAGUACCCGGGACUUGAAGACCCACCAAGAGAUCGUUGCCGAAGUGAGAAAUUUGCUUUCGGGCAAAGCUCCAUUCGAUCAGCGUACACGUUUCCCUGGCAACAUACACGAUCCGGAGAAUCUCUGGGUCUGCAUUGGACGCUGUGCCAGCGUGGAAUAUCAUCUGCAGCGCAUCAUUAGUGUGUUCCGGAAGCCAUUGAAUCAAUUAACUCCGGAUAAGCAGCGCACGGUGCGUCAGAAUUUCCAUUUGGCUGUAAGUGAACUGCGCCUGGACAUAUCGGCGAGAAUUAGCGAGGUGCGUUUAUAUGAUCGACUGGUAUUUGAGCGGGAAUUCCGACUGGAAUGGCAGGAUGAGAAGGUCUAGGAGUAAUCUCGCUUUAACAAUGGCAAACAGUUUUUAUUUUGCAACUUCAUUACUUUUUUGUUUCUUUGGGGUGCAGCACGUAGUGGACAUAAAAUUGUUACAAAAAUACACGCAGGAUUUACAUUCAAUAUAUGUAUGUAUAUGGAUAAAUGUGUAUGGAAUAUACAAUUAUGAUGACAGGAUGAUAAUUCUAUAAUAAUAAAUAUUUCAAAAAUCCUUUUCUUGUGGCUCCUAACAAUCGCUUGCGAAACUAAAUCUAGAAA